AUGACUGUUCAGGUUGGCGCCUAUAUUGCUGGUGUGAUAGGUUUUGCUGUAACAAUAGCCUUCUGUAUCACGUACACAUUCUAUCAUAGCAGAGGCAUGGGACGAAAUCCAUUUCUUGAUCAUUUAGAACUAGUCGAUCUUAUAUUUGCUUUCACUGUUGGUAUUCCUUGUCACAUAUUACUCUUCUGGGCCAUCGCUAAGGAAAAACUCUUCUUCAGCCCAUUCCUGGUAUUCUAUUUGACGAACUUCGCUUUGAAUGUAAUCUUCACGGUGAUCACAGUAAUCGCCGCCUCGUUGGAUCUUCAUCGGCAACUUUUUGGCAACAUCAAAUACGAUCUAGGAUGGACAGCGUUCCAGGUAUUCUUUACCGCAUCGCAAGGUCUUGCCAUCUACGUUGUGAUGCGAUGUCGAAAAUAUGUCGCAGCUAAGAUCUACUGGAGGCAACGAAAUACGGAGCGCUCAUCACCAUCAAUGAUCGCCGAUGGGGUCACGAUCGAAUGA